AUGAGCUCGCCUCAGAAGAAGACCGCCGCCGCAACAGAGGGUAACCUCUCUGUUGCUCAGUACCAUGAGCGCCAGCAGGCAAAGCGCGAUGCGCUCGCUGCAAAGGCCGCGUCGGGGACAACCCAGUCGGAGAUUGUCCUCGAAGGUUCCUCUGUAGUCAACGACGCCGUUGACUACGAAGACGACGACGUGGAGAUGGAAGAGGGCGAGGCCUCUUCUAGCAAGCGCAAGGAGUCUAUCGACAGCGAUAGUCUCGACCCGCAUGCCGAGUCGAGACGCCCUCGUGAAGGAGACGAGUCGGACGCUUCGAGCUCGAAGCGUUCGCGCGGCGAGAACGAAACUCCGCUCUCUGCUGCUGGGGCUUUAAGCUCCCCACGUGAUGUGGGGACUUCGAGCUCUCCGCGCGCUGCUCAGGCAGCGCGCGAUCCGUGGAUGCCGUCUGCGUCAGAGAUCGCAGACCACGUGGGCAACACUGUGCCUCCAAACGAAAUUCCGCUGUACGUAUGCAGCGGUAUCUACGACGAUGCUGUUGCGGAGGAGCAGCACUUUGACCCGUUAACGAAUCAAAGGCGCGACUACUACAUCGGGCUCUUCCACGAGCUCCGGCACUUCUCCAGCAAGAAGACUUCUUCUCGCAGCAGAGUGCCUGAGUGGCAGGCACUUUGUCAAAGUUGGAACGCUUUUGUUAAGAACUUCAACAAGAAGUCGGCUGCUUACCACGAGCGGGUUAAGCAUGCCCGUGAACGCUUCGAGAUAUUCUCGACGCGCGGGAGGUUGGAGCAGCUCCACAGAUCUUCUGUGGACGCUGGUAUUCCAUGCGCUGUGCCCGAAGGCCAACAGUGCACGUUGUGUCUUCCGGGUGCGGCGCACUUGAGCGACCGCGACCUAAACGGGUACACGACGAUUCGUGUACCUGAGAGUCUCAAGGAUCUCCGUGCCAAGUUCUUGGCGCUGUAG